AUGGUUAUCACUCGUGCGGGGUCUGCAUCUCCUGCUCGGUCGGGUGCUGCGUUCUCUGGCCCAGCAUCCUCGAAGCAUUCCGACGAUCAAGAGUCUUCCGAAACGAAAGGGAAACUUCUGAAGAGUAAUCUUUCUCCUUUGUCUAAAGGGAAAGCUGUUUUGAAGUAUUCAUCGGAUUCUCCCCUUCCUAAUGUGAUCGAGGAUGAUGUUGGUGGUUCAAAUGAGUUGAAGGAGGGCCACAUGCAUGCGAGUGCUGACUUAAUUGGGAAAAAGUUGAAGCGAAAACAUGUUGCAUUGUCAAAGAGCAAAGUCAGUGCGAAGAAAUCUAAGAAACUAUCUAUUGGAGGUUCUAGUCGAGUAAAGUGCAAGGCUAACAGAAAAAUUGCGAAGAAGAAUGUUGGUUUACUGGAUAAACCGAAGCAUAUGGAAUGUUUUAUCAAACAUGAGGAUCAUUAUAGAGCAAGAGUCAAUUUUCACUGUGGUUUUGAGAAGAUCAAUGUGAUCUCAGAAAAAUUGACUGACUCUCAAAAAGUUUUGUUUAGUAAGACUUGCUUUGGUCAUUUUCUAAACCUUAAAUCUUAUGCUAAUCAAGCUAAAUUGGUUCACCAUGUUUUGUUAAGAGAAGUUAACCAACCAAACUUAAAUGGAAAGCUGAUUAGGUUUUCUUUGGGUGAAUUUGGGUUAUUGUCUGGGUUAAAUGUGUUUGGUGACAUUAAUAGAGGUGGAAUUAAGAAUAGUAAUCCUAUUGGAUUGUAUUCUAAAUUUUUUGGUGACCAUACAAGGGGCAUUUCAAGAAUUAUUGUUGAAGAAAGGUUUAAGGCUGCCAAUUUUGAUAAUGAUGAUGAGGCUGUUAGGAUGGCUGUACUUUACCUGAUCACUAACUUUUUGUAUACUUGGCAAAAAGAGAAGAACAUUGAAAAAACGGACUUGUAUCUUUGUGAUAGUGGUGGUUUUAAUCAUUUUCCAUGGGGAAAGGAUAUUUUUAAUGUGACUCUCUCAUCUUUGAGAGAUGCUUUAAGGGAAAAUGAAGUUGUUAUUACUCGGCAAGGUUCUUACCCAACCUAUAAGUUGAAUGGUUUGCCAUUUGUUUUCCAAGUUUUCAUUUACGAAUCAAUUCCUAGUUUAGAGGGAACUUAUUGUGAGAAGGUUAGUUGUGGUCUGCCUAGGAUUAUAAAUUGGUCAUCUGUUGCAAUCCCAUCUCAUAAGGAGCUUGAGAGGAAUGUGUUUUCAUUACAUAAGACCAAAAUUGUUAAAGUUUUGCCCACUGAUGAAGAGAACAAUGCCUUCAAGCUUGAAGGUUUUUUCCAGUGCAACAAGGAUAUGAAUGUUGCUGAUUUUGAGGAUGAUGAUUUUGUUGCUCCUCCAAAGAAACCAACCAGUGAGGCUCUUCCUCAUCCUAUGUUCCUUGUGUGA